GUGAGAAGUGUGUGGAAGUGAGAAGAUAAAAAAAUUAAAAAUUAAUACUACAUUUAAUGUCCGCCUCCCCUUCAUUAUCUCAACAAUGAUAUACAAUUAAAAUCAAUGCAGAGACAAAAAACAAAGAGAACUAGGAAGAAAAGAAAAAGCCGAACAACAAUUAAAAGUUCAUUGGCGGUGACGGCCGGAAAAAUAUCGUCAACAGAGUGGUUUAAUUGAGGGGAAAAAUAGAUACAUGCGAUGAUGUGAACAAAAUACAACAAAAAUAAACAAGUCAAUAAAGGUUAAUAAACAUUCGAUUCAUCCGUUCAUCUGCCGUUGAAAGAGGCAAAUGAUCGGCAGUUCAAUUUGACACCAAAUUAUAACCUCCAAAUAGAAUAAAAAAGUAAAGUGCAUUUGGAAUAGUGAAAAAAUGUAGAUUUCUUUGAAUGAGCCACACUUUUACACACAGCCACAACACAUACGUCCAUUUUCAUUGAGAAAAACUUGAAGAAAAGUUGACUGCAGUUGCACUUCGAGACGUUGGAUAAUCAUUGCAGCAGCAGCAUAUAAGGAACACCACAGCACAUCACAACCAUCCAAAAAUGUUGGGCAUUUCAGUUCCGGCCAAAUGGUCAGAUAUACGCAUUUUCCCAGUUCGUAUGUCCACCACACAAAAGGUGGUCAUAAUCUCAAUAGCAGCCGGUGUGGCCUUAUUGGGUGUGAUGUCAAGAUUUCUGCGCCGGCGCAAACCGCCACGUCCACCACGCAGAGCACGUAAAUACACAAGCCGACGUGCUCGCAACAGUAUGCGUAGUCCCAACGAUAUGAUAUCGGUGGCGGGGUCCAAAGCAUCGGCACGAUCCGGGAGUCCUGUUGCUUCCACCGUUGCCUAUUCACAAUCCGAUCGUAUGUCCAUGGCUAGCGGUUCUGUAGGCGCUGGCAUGGGUGGAGGACCAUUGGCUUUGUCCAAUCAAUCACAAGGUGGUGGCAUUAUUACAACACAAUUAACAGCCCAACAGCUGGGUGUUAUGGGCAUGGAAGCCCUUGAUACGGUCAUAAAUUUCUGGGAAGAUGCUCUGGCUGCCCAUUACUCACCUGGUGGUGUGCCGGCACUGCUUACAACAGCUGAAGAAUCGGAAUUUUGUCGUGAAAUACAAAAUCUACUCGAUAUGGCCUAUGCUUUGCAGGAACAAAGUGAGCUAUUGUUUCUCGAUCAACGUUCGGUGUUAUUUCGCGAUGAACCGUCAAUUGAUGAGGCGGAAGAAGAUCAAUGGGCUGCCUUAGAAGAUGUGGGUGGGGCGGAUGAUGAUAAACACUCACAUCGUUCGACUAGUAUGAGUCGUACGGGAUCAGAUCCCAAUUUUGAUUCGGCCGAAUCGUUUGCUUCCGCCCUGGAUCAGGUGGCCGAUAUGCGUGAAUUUGAAAGUUUUGCCGAAACCGAAUUCGAAGAAUAUCCAUUGUAUCAGACGGCAUUGAAGCAACACGAAGAAACCGCCAUACCCUAUCGUACGCUGCGUACCGAAUUGGUACACUGUAGUAAUGACACGGAGUAUUUGGCCAAGUUGCAUUGUGUGCGUCUGGCAUUUCAGUAUCUGUUUAAGGAUCCAGCCAUUGGCCAAUGGGUCAUUGAUACCGGCCGACAAAUUCUCACAGAUCUACUUUGUUUGGGUGACAAAGAUACCAAAGAGUUCUUGGUAGGCUAUGAGGAUAUGGUCAACUAUUUACAGAAUCCCAAUAACUGGGAUGAAGUACAAAAGGAGCUGGAAUCAAGAAAUGUCAAGGCCAUGACGUUUUAUGAUAUAUGUCUCGAUUUCAUAAUUCUCGAUUCUUUUCGGGAUUUAGAUACACCGCCGGCCAGUGUUAUUGCCGUGGUACAAAAUCGUUUUCUUUCAAAUGGUUUUAAGGAGACUGCCUUGACCACAGCCGUUUGGUCGGUACUGAAAGCCAAAAAGCGUAUGCUGAAAUUCCCAGAGGGCUUUAUGGCCCAUUUCUAUGUCAUUUCCGAACAGUUGUCACCCCUUAUGGCAUGGGGUUUCUUUGGACCAGAUGAAAAUCUCAAAGAUAUUUGCCAUUAUUUUAGAGAUCAAAUGUUGGGCUUUUUGGCCGAUAUCUUUAGUUUUCAAAAGAGUCGUUACACCACAUUGGAGGACUUUGCCCACGACGUUUUGGAUCAUAUGAAAACUAGAGUUAAUAAUAUAAGCAUUAAAUUUAGUCAAUAGACAUUUAGGUGGCCAACCAACAAAACAAUCUACUUCCCUCCCUAACAUAUAUAAGGAAUAUUUUUUUUAUAUGAUUUCAAAGAAAAGAAUCAACAUUCUGGGUUUAAAACCACAAUUUAAUAUUCCAUAAAAUUAUAAAAAAACGGCAAGAUUUUCCCAAGCAUAUGGGAAAAGGGAAUCUGAGGAAUUUAUAACCAAUCGGCGGUGGCGUAUGGAUGUGUUCAUCAAAUAGUUAUUUAAAUUAAGCUCAUUGUAGGUGGUAGUUAAAACAAAAAAUAACGAAUCCAUUAUUUUUUUUUGUUACUCAAUGGCAUUUAAACAAAGUUUAAAAUAAUAGAGUCUAAUUUGGUGCUGAUGAUCACUAACUACAUCCUAAAAAAAAAAUAUUUAAUCAAUAUCGAUAGCUUUAAAACCAGAGGAAACAAUGCAAUUGCAAAUACACACUCACCACAUACACCACGCAUACUCGUUUGUUUUUAAACAUUGUUAUUUGCUUUUAAGUUGUUGUAUCAUAUUGAUUACGGAAUACUACAUUUUAAUAUUCAUAGUAUAUAUAUUUUAAUUUUUGUUUUUCAAAAUGUAUUUUUUAUAACAAUAUUAACUUAACAGAAAAAUGAAACCAAACAAAACGAAAUUGUUGACUAGUGUUGUAUGGCUGGAACCGGAACGUUGUAAUCAUUUUGAAUAUACAUUCUAGUUUAGUCCAACACUCAGGUUGUUGUUUAAUUUACUUUGGGUUUUUUCUUUUAUUAUGGAUUAACAACUAUUUACCAGUACAAAGUAUGUUUUGCAAAAAAAAGUCAGUUUGUUUUGAGCUUCUUCAGACAGACAAUUCACUUUUGAUUAGCUUUAAAUAAAUCUAUGAUAAUUUUUUAAUUGAUUUUGGUCAUGUUAUCUACAGAAUAUAUAUAUUUCGAUUUAUUAACACCCAGUUACUUAAUGAAUUCAAUUAAAUUAAAAAAUAAACUAAAAGUAAAUAAAAUUACAAUUAUGUUUUGUAUAUGCCAAGAUAAAAUUGUUGUGAUUAAUUUUUUUGUAAAUAGGAAAGGGCAAAUGAACUUUUACAUCAUAACGCCGAAAUUGAUUCUUCUCGUCGCACAGAGGCUUGAAAUCACAAAACACGGAGAUUAAUUAAAAAAUAAAAUUCUUCUUUUGGAAUAAAUGUUUUUAAACUAUUAUAGAACACUAAAUUCUACAUCAGUACCGAAAAUUUUAAAGUCA